UUCCCACUGAGCAGAAACAAAAGCCAAUUUCUACGCUGAUAGAAACUCGUUUACAAUUUCAAUUCCUAAUUUUCUGUAAGUUCAUUUAUUUUAAUUCAACUCCCGAUCCGAGAUCUCCUUUUCUUUUAUAACACGCUUUGCUGCGAACAUUUCGCGGGAGAAAAAGCAAAAGACAAAUAGAAAGUAGAAACUCUCUUCGUCCAGCCAAAAUGAUCCUUUAUCAGAUGACACUCACAGUGUUUGGUGACUCUGGAGCUUGUUUUAGACCGUUGAAGGAAACGGGAUUUUGAAGAAGCGUUUGAAGGUCGAAUUAGCGGUUUUGUCAGUAAUCUUUACUGCUUUGCGGGUCUAGACCUUAGAUUGGUCAAUAUCGAAGUUGAUUUUAGAGGGAUACUUUUGUUGGUAUUGUGGUUUAGGAGUGGAUAUUUUAGUUUAACUGUGUGUCCAUGGUUGAUACUCCGUUUUAGGAUCUUAAUUCUAGCCAUGACGUUGGCUUCUUUAGGGCCGGGGGCUUCUCCCGUGGCUCUUUAUCCGCGGACUGUUUCCUCCAUUGCAAUUUCAGUGGGAGGAUUGGCCAUGUUUUUGGUAUUUGCUUCUUGGUUUCUAGUGUCUUAUCCAGCUGGUUCCACGGUCCAUGUUUAUUUUUAUGGUUUUGAGAAAAGAGUAGAUGUUUCCCAGUCAUAUAGUAAUCAAACAAAUAUUAAGGAGUUUGUGGAUGCCACUGGUAGGAACUCGUCAUCAGGGCUUAAUUUAGAAGUUAGGAAUGUAAUUGAUCAGAAUGUUUCAGUGCCUAAGUCCAGUGGGCUAGUUUCCAACGAUACAAAUGGUUUACAAAUUGAUUUGUCAGCCAGUCCAACAAGAGGAGAGGCAAAAGAUGGUUCUGUAGUCUCCAAUGUUAAGGAGGAUGUCGAAAAUAAGAAGGUGGAUUUUGCUGCCUCACCAGAUAAGUUAAAUGGUGGAGAUGCAGGGUCUGGUGAUGCUAAUAAUCAAACUGGAUCUUCUAAUGAAUUGGAAGCAAGGGCUGCUGCAUCAACUGUGGGAAGCAAUGCAACUAAGAUUGGUUCAGUUGUUUCAGGUUGCAAUCUGUACCAAGGAAGUUGGGUUUAUGAUUCUUCUGGACCACUGUACACCAACAACACAUGCCCUGUCCUGACACAGAUGCAGAACUGCCAAGGAAAUGGGAGACCUGACAAGGACUACGAGAAUUGGCGGUGGAAACCCUCUCAAUGUGACCUCCCCCGAUUUGAUGCUAAGAAGUUUCUAGAGUUGAUGAGGGGAAAGACACUAGCUUUCAUUGGAGAUUCUGUUGCUCGAAACCAGAUGGAAUCAAUGUUAUGCCUUCUCUGGCAGGUUGAAGCUCCAAAAAAUCGAGGCAAUCGCAAAAUGCAACGAUGGUACUUCAGGUCAACAUCUGUAAUGAUUGUCCGGAUAUGGUCCUCUUGGCUUGUUCACAAAACCAAUGAACCAUUUGCUUCUGCUUCUGCUGGUGUUGACAAGCUCCACCUUGAUAGUCCAGAUGAAUACUUCAUGGAUUAUAUUCAAGAUUUUGAUGUGAUUGUUCUUUCUUCGGGCCAUUGGUUUGCUAAGCAGUCAGUGUAUAUCUUGAAUAAUGAGAUUGUGGGAGGACAGUUAUGGUGGCCAAAGACUUCUGGGCCAAUGCAGGUUAACAAUGUUGAAGCAUUUGGGAUAUCUGUUGAGACAGCUCUUACUGCCAUUUCAACACAUCCAAACUACACAGGACUUACCAUUGUGCGAUCAUACUCUCCUGAUCACUAUGAGGGUGGUGCCUGGAAUACAGGUGGAUCAUGUACUGGAAAGGAAAAACCUCUUGGACCUGGUGAGUUAGUGAAAAAUGGAUUCACAGAUAUAAUGCACGAGAAACAGGUGACAGGUUUCAACAAUGCACUCAAGAAGGCAACAAAUCAAUCAAAGCUGAGGCUGAUGGAUAUCACCGAUGCCUUUAGCUACCGCCAUGAUGGGCAUCCUGGCCCCUAUCGAAGUCCUGACCCAAAUAAAAUCACAAAACGUGGUCGAGAUGGAAGGCCCCCACCGCAGGAUUGCUUACACUGGUGCAUGCCAGGUCCAGUCGACACCUGGAAUGAACUUGUGCUUGAAAUCAUAAGGAAAGAAUUUGAGGGCAACCAAAGCUCAUGAUCAAACAAUUGACAUGUUUCUACCGUGGCAAAGAGGUCAGCCAACUGCAUUCUUGUGCUUCUGUAAUCAAAGGUUAGACUUUCAGUAGUAUCUAAAUCAAGUGUAGUAUCUAAAUCAAGUUACACAAGGGUUACGGUCUAUUCCAUUUUUUUUUUUUUCAAAUUUCUUAUAUAGGAAAAAAAAAGGGGUUUGUAGAGAAAUUCUCCAUUGUUACAGAUAUGGAGAUCAGCAUCUAAUAGCUUUAUUUUUAGGGGGAGGCUUUCGGAAUAAACUAAAAUCUAUACUUGAGUUUCAAUAUAAUUUCAGUUAUGUGGCA